UUAGCGUCAUUAUAAUCUCCAGUGAAGAUGAUUGAUUCCUCCCUGAAUUCUUUGGGUGCGAAAGUAGUGGUCGCUACAUCCGGCGAUGAGAAUCAUCCACCAGAAAACAUCAUUGACGGAAACACGACAACCUUUUGGAUGAGCACUGGUAUGUUUCCUCAAGAGUUCAUCAUUCGCUUGUCUGCUCUCACGAACAUUACAGCAGUGACUGUGGACAGCUACAGUGUCAAAUGUCUAAAGAUAGAAAAGAAUACCUCACAAGAUGUUUCUCAUUUUGAGUUGGUCACGGAGCAAGAAUUAGAACAUACAGAGGGACAUCUUCAGUCAAAUACUAUAUCGCUAAAUAGGAGCAGCGCAACCCAUCUUCGUUUUAUCAUCACCUCAGGAUACGAUCACUUUGUCUCAGUGCAUAGAGUCAGUGUACAGCAUUAAAACAUUUGAUGGUUGCAUCAUGCAUUUAUGUAUAUAAAUAUACAUUUAUAUGUCAUUAUUUGGUCAAUAAAAUAUGAGUAGAUCUCAUUAUAUGCAUAGUCUGUUUUGAUAUCACACACAUUGACAUCUUCUCCCGUGUGACAAGCAGCUGUAACGAGGAGUCUGAUUAGCAUUACCAUGAAUAUGUAAGGCUUGAAAACAAUAAUUUAUUUCCAAACUAAAUAACUGUAUCAUCUCAAUAUUAUCAGUUAAGUCGCAAACAAAGCCCAUUUUGAAAUCUGUCCUUAAAUUCUGAAAUGUUCCUGAAUCGUUUUUUUUAAAAGUACUUUUUGUCCUUAUUUAAUGUUAUGAAUUCGUUUUAUUCUACAUUGAACAAUUCCUGCUAAUUUCAAAAGCCGAUAGUUGGCAACGCUUUUGAGUAAAAGGAAUGGAUUAUGAUGAAUGGCAGAAUGUCUUACAAAGGAAGAUUGUCUCUGUGUGAGAGAUAGAGGUAAUUAACUAAUUUUGAGCAGUGGGGCUCAAUUUGGCAUCCCCACCGCCCCAACAGCCCCCCUUCAGCAGAAUUUAACAUCCCUAUAGAAAUGGUGAGCCAUGGGUAAUGCAGCUGGGGGGUUGGGGAACCAGAUGGUUUCCCGGCCAACCAGCAGGUCUCUAAAGACCGCGGGCCUAUUCACACUCAGUAUUCAAGCCUCCUCCUGUACUUAUAUCCUACACACACAUACACGUACACACACUUGCAAACUUACACUGACUCCUAUCUACCUCCACUGCCAUUUCAACUUGUCUGUAACAUAGGGUUCAGUAGUCAGUCUGGACCCUUUGGGACUCCCUCCCCAAUUACUCUGCUGACUGUGGCGGCGCUUUGGGAUUUGCUGAGGCUGUGUUUGCUGUAUCUGGACUGCAUUCAGGUCUCCGAAUAAACCAAUAAAAAUAUGAAAUA